AUGACGCGUGCGAUAGAAGUCGAGAUAGAGUCGCCCGACGGAACACAAUGUGUGGACGCUGAUGCGCUUGCGUUUGAGUGCUUCCGCGGGUGCGAGUCUCUCGUGACGGCGAAUGGCGUUCACACGUCUGCUGACCCGCCCAAUGGGCAGCCGUUGCCUGCAGGCCUCUGUGAGUGCACCCCGUCAUCAGCCAAACCCCCAUCCUUAGAUCUGAAGUACAAUGAAGGCACAACGCCAGAGCAAGCAGAAGGCGCCGAAGGGCGUGGUCCUUCAGUUUCCACUGCAGAAUCUGAAGGCAUCUGUCACCAGGAGAUGACGAGCCACAAGCAGGCGAUCGUGAGGGAGGGUACAACCCCGCGCCGUGGAUCAGGUGUGUCUUCCGACGACGUACGACGCGUGUGGCAGCCGGAAAAGAACCUCUUCACCCCCAAGACAGGAGUAACUUGCGAGCGUGUGAUUAACGUGCCUCGCUUAGCGAUUGACGAGUGUGCAGACUCUGUUGGAGGGUCGCUAAGCAGACGGAGCAACAUCCAAAGGGCUGCAGACGUUUCUCAGAGCAUGGUGGCCCCCGCUGAAUUAUCGCCUCAUGAGGUCAUCUACCUGAAGCUGCUCUACUAUUACAAGCGAAAGUCGCGGUCAGCAAGGGAAAAUCUGUGGGGGCCGUCAGAUUUAUGCUGGCAUUGUUGUCGCCGACCAAGCGUUACCGACACUAUGACCAAGUCGCUCAUCCAAGUCUUGAAAGGACGCGCUGAUGCUCCGGCACAACAUGCCGAGCGAUCCUUUGAAUCAGAGAAACCGCGCUGCUAG